AUGUCUGCUUCUACUUCAACAGCUAAAACAAGCAGCAAUGUUGUGAUCAGAUGUGGACACAUCAUUCCCCAAAUCCGCCUCACACCUCCCGACAGUCGACCUGCCAAAGCGCCUGAAGUGCCUGAACAAGAAUUAGGAUCAAAUUCUCUGUAUGUUCCACUAAGAACUGAAGAGAUCGGAUGGGAAGAAGGAGGUUUGAUCUGGGCUCCCAAGAGGUUCUAUUACCCAACUGUGAACCUAUACGGUGGUGAAGACGAUCACAUCAUUGGACAAUAUCGUGGCGGACCAAAGGGACAUCGAUUCAUCAAGAUUACAGAUUCCAACUUUGCUUUAGCAAAUAAAGAUGAAGACGAAGUGCCAUCUUCUUCCGGAACAGGAAGUGCAGGCAGUUCGAGAAAGAGCAAGAGUCAAUUGCCCCGUGGUCCUGUAAAGAUGACAUCAAAUACACCAGCAAAAGAAGAGGAAUUAGUCAAAGCAGAGGAGGCAACUACAAUAGACUCCAUCAGUUACGACGAUCCAAUGAGCACUUCCAUGACUUCUUCUGCUUCAUCUUCCCGACAAGGCAGCUUCUCUACCGAUGACGGACGUUCUUCUGGCGCUGAUACAGGAACUACCACACCAGCCACAUCCGAAUCACCCGUUGAAGAGGAGAAAGGCGUCUUUGCUGAGAAAUUGAACGAUGCACUAAAUACAGCUUUGAAAGUGCAUGGCGAUACGGAAAUGAGCGAAAACGGGAGGCAUACCCGUAAAUUAGCCGCAAGAGCUGGAGCCUGUGAAAUUCCAAGCGAUCCGGUUGACGCUUCACGGCUAGCAGGACCAUUGAAAGCGCAGUUACAAUCCAAUCCUCUUGGACAUGAUCGUAGUAUGAUUUUGACAAAGGAAGUACCUGAAAAGCAUCUUUCUUGUCACCGUGGAAAGUCAAUACCCUGUUUGAGCCUCGCUGAAGAUGCAACGAACGAAUAUUCAGCCGGUUGGGCAUACGAACAAAAUAUGCAAAAUCAAUUUUCCAAUCAGACUUCACUUAGAACGCAGAUAGAUUCAGAAAUGGUCAAUUAA